GUCAUGCUCACACAUGUUACGGUACACGUCAUUGCAAUACGUGUAGGUACGUUUUAGUUAAUAAAUGUGCCUUUUAUGCUCUUUAUAGAAGACAAACACAACACACGCGAAGAUGGUACUGAUGACAACAAUAGCGAGAGUGGCAGAUGCGUUGCCCCUGGCUGCGUCUAUGCAAGAAGAUGAAACGGCCGGAAGAAGUUUAAUGGAUUUCCAGACACAGUCAAAACAAUUGUUUAAGAAAAUAAUGUCGGACCCUCAACCUCCAGCUAGAUGCAGUCUGGAGACAGGACCAUACAUAUUCCACUACCUGAUUGAAAGAGGAGUGUGCUUUCUCAUUUUAUGUGAAAAAUCCUUUUCAAAAAGACUUGCAUUUUCUUACUUAGAAGACCUACAAUCAGAGUUUUAUUCACAGUAUGGUAAAAAAGUAGAAACAGUUUCCAGGCCUUACAGCUUUAUUGAGUUUGAUACUUACAUACAGAAAGCUAGAAAAUCAUACAUGGACUCAAGAGCAAGGAAAAACUUGUCUUCAAUUAACACUGAAUUACAAGAUGUACACAGAAUUAUGGUCCAAAAUAUUGAUGAUGUCCUUGAUCGUGGAGAGAAAUUAUCAGAAUUGGAUUUUAAAGCAAGCAAUUUAUCAGAUAUGUCAAAGACCUACAGAAAAGAUGCACAUAAUCUGAAUUUGCGGUCAUCAUAUGCGAAGAUAGGAGCGGUGCUAAUUAUAGUAAUUGUGUUCUUACUAUUCUUGCGGUAUUGGUGGUGGUGAGGAAUGAAUGGCCAGUGCAAUGUGAAAAACACUUCUUUAACUGUUGUAGGAUCUUCUUUCUCUCACAGAAAAUUGAUACUACAAGAUUAUUGGAUACCAAGACUCUCUUUCGUUUUGAAGUAUGCCAGCCCAAAAUAAGAUGUGUGGU